GGUAGGAAUGCAAUCUUCAUCACUGGCGGUGCUGACCCAUGGUAUCCACUCGGUGUUUACUUCAACAGGAGUUCUGUAGUUUCAUAUCGUUCACCAGGUACGGCACACUGCGCUGAUAUGUAUGUACCAAGAAAGAUAGAUAAGCCUGGUUUGGCAGUAGCUCGUCGCUUGGUGAAGGAGAAUAUUGCAAAAUGGUUAGGAAUUCGAUUAGAGAAAUCAUCAAAUGAAGAAGCUGCUGACCCAAAACACGAAGAACAACAGCAGAAACAG